UCGCUCCGUCUUUCGUCUUGCCCUCCAAGAAGGGAACCGGAUUCGUAUCAGUGGGAGCGACGGUGGCCUCUGUCGUCGCCUGACUCUGUUCGCGUCGCGUUAUGGAGGAGGGGAGCUCUCUCGGCGGCGAGCUCGAGAUCACCUCCAUCGGCGCCAUCUACUGCGGGCCAUGGGAUAAGAAGUACUGGAGCUCUUCUAGGGGGAAAGACAGAUAUCCUUACCCAGUUGGUUAUCAUGCUGUCCGAACUCAUGGUGGAAACAUAUACCAAAUGGAAAUUCGUGAAGGUGUAAAAGGGCCUCUAUUUAUGGUAGCAUCAACCGAUGGAGAGUCUUCUACUGGACAUACACCCGAUAUUGCAUGGGUGAACUUUCAGAAGAAUGUUCCAAGGGUAAAAACUGGAAAUGGAAAGCGAUUCUCUUCCAAGAUUGAUGGUAUCCAGCUUUUUGGGUUUAGAAAUCCAUUUGUUCAACGAUUGCUUCGUGAGCUUGUGGCCAAUAUACAAGGAGUUGCAGAACCAGAUAUGGUAUUGCCUACUGAUAAAAACGAAGUUCCAAGAUUGGAUAAAAUGAUGCAACCUCCAGACUCUUUUGUAUGUAGUGAUUUACUUGAUCACACAGACAAGCAUCUAAAUGCUGGAAAAAGGGGUGUGAGGGACAAAGUAUGUACAAGAGACAGAAACAAGACGGUUAGAGCUAAAAGGAUUUGUUACCACCAUGUGACAAAUGAUUCUAGAGCUGGAAAUCUAGAGAAAGAAAAUGUAAUGUUCUCUCAUUCUAAAAUAAAUGACCAAAAUUUUAUCAAGGAAAAGAGUUUACUCUCAUCAAGAAAUCAUAUUAUUCAGAUUCAGGAUUCUCAACAUCAUCCUGGUUUCUUACCAAAGAGUGCUGCUGCUGCAAGUGAUGAUACAUGCCAACAAAUAGCAGAUUGUAAAUGCAGAGGAAUUUUCAAUCAAAUUCCAGAAAGAAAUAUUCUGUCACAGGAGAUGGGAGAUUCUGAUAAUUCUGUUGAUAAACAUGUUAUCUAUGUCAGGGAAAAUAACUCUACAGGUCAAGAUCCUUGCCCCACUGGAGUGAACAAUGUUUCUGAUGAUGACAAUAGCACGAAAAAUGCUAUUAGGUUAUCAAAUGCCGGAAUGAGUCCGUCAGGUGUUUUACCAAAAGCAGUGGAAAGUGGAGAAAUGUUGGCGUCUGAAAAUUAUUCAGAAUUAUACAUUUCUGAUACAUGUGAUGUGGAAAAAUCACAUUGCUUGUUAGGUGAUGCUGCUGAUUUUCAAUCAGUGAGAGGGAGUUCAACAUGCAUAAAUCCUGGACCAGAAUGUUCAAGUUUGCGGGAUGCUGCUUUGAAAGGAUUUGUCAAUGAUUCAAUUCCAGAAACUGGCCCAUUGUCUGGUUCUUCAAAUUCUGGUUCUGAGAAAGCAGAUCUGAGUGCAUCUGAUAAAGAAUUGGCAAACUCCAUGAUAUCUUUUCUGCUUCCUCGAGCUGUUCCUCUUCUUGAGAAGACUUAUGUGAGAAGGAAGUCAAGAUAUGGGAGCCAGGCAGUGAGACUUGGUGCAACUUUGACUUUGUUUAAAGCAAGCUCUGCAGAACAUAUGGCUAAGAAUGAUCAGUCGACUGACAAAAUAUAUGAAGAAGGGCUGGAUGCUAAUAGGCUAAUGAAUGGAACACAAGAAAAAGUUCCUCAGACAUUGAAUUACCAAAUUUCAAUUUCAUGCCAAAUGGCAAAAAUGGAGGAUGCUAUUGAUGAUUGCUUACCCCAUAAGACAUCUGAUCAUACACUAUAUUUGGAAGAUCCAAAGAAUAUGAUUCCAGAUAGCUAUGAGGAUGAUAAAUAUGUUUGUGAUGUUCAUCCAAAUGAGCAUACAAAUGUUGCUUGUGAAUCUGAAUGUAAAGCUUCUGCUGAAUCCAGAGAAAAUAAUAACAUAACCAAUCUUAAUAUUCUUGGCGAGAGUUCUGGAAAGCCUUUGGACUCUGAAGUUUUGUUUCCUAAGGAAACAAUUAAGAAUGAAUAUUUAACAGAUUCUCUUGUGGAGUAUUUGGAAGAAGCAUUUAAUGAUGAUCUCCGUCUUGAAAAAGAACGUUCAGAUGCUGACUGUUUAGGUGUUUCUGUUAAUCAUAACUUGCCAUAUUUGAAUUCUGAUGUUGUUAAUCAUGAAGAAAAGGAAAUAUCUGAAUCUAUGCUGCAUUAUAAUAAUGGAAAAUGGAAAAUGAAGUGCAUGGGGCAAUGCUCUACUGCUGCAAAUGCUAGUUCUAAUAACUUAAAUGAGGGAGAUAUGUGUGCACUAGCAACACUUGUAGAAGUGCCACAAAACAAGAAUGGUAAAACCAGCAAAGACAUUCAAAGUUUGGUUUUGGAUAACCAGAUAGAGUUUGCAGUUCUUGAUGCUACUGAACAAAAAGUUUGUGAGGUUGGAGAUCAAACAGGUUUUAAUCAUGCAUUAGCAGUAGAAUCUACAAAUGUAUUGCUGGUUAAUGUUAAUGGAGAUAAGAUGUUGCUUUCGGAUGAUGGGCAACAUACUGACAGAACCAACAAGUGUCAAAGGCUUUCUAAUAAAUCUCAGUUUUCUGGCAAUUGCAACGUUCCUUUUUCAGAAAGUAUAAUCUGCAGAAAUUAUAUGGAUUCUGAUGUUACAGCUACAAGGCCAACAGAAAUUUCUAGGAGUGUGCAAACCAAGCUGACAUGUUAUCAAUCAAAUUCAGCAGUUGUUUCACAGAGUCAAAAUGUGACUGACUAUGUUGAUGUUAACAUGAAACAUUCUGAGUUUCAUGAUCAUUCUGUUAAUCGCACAGAGGAGAAUGACUCCACGAGUAAGCCCCAUCCAUCCUUCCAAUUUUGCCAACAAGCAUAUCAGGGGCCUGUCAACUGUGUGCCAAGCCAAAACAUAGAAGUUACGGAACUGCUAUCUUUUUCAGAUGAAAAACCAGCCACAAGGAAUAUUAGACAUGAACAAACAAACAUUUGCCAAAGACAGCCAAAUUCUAAUGAUCAGUUUGAUGAUUCUUUGUUCAGAGCUGUUAGAUUGGAUGAAGUAUUGGAUGAAUCUUUUGAGCUUGCUGGUUGCUAUAGGCAACCCAAGCCAGUCUUGUUCAUCUUGUUGAGACCCUAUGAGGAUGAUUUACAAAUUUCUGUGAUCUGUGGCAUUCGAGAAAGUGAUGAAAGGUUUGUCUUUAUAUACAAGGUCCCUUUAAAAGAUCAGGGAGAGAUCUGUCCAUAUUUUAUUGGCUACACUUCGCUUAUGUUGCCUCUCCUUCCUGGACCGGCAAUUGGAAAUACAAUGUAUAAAGGAUCUUGUUUACAGUUCACUCCCGAUGGGCAAUCCAUUGUUUUUGUUAGUACAAUAAGAGCACCUCUCUGCAGGACACAAAGUAUGCAUUGCUCAUGCUCUAUGUGCACAUCUGUGUGUUGUGAAGAAAAUGCUGUACUAAUUGGAAAGGUUUUUAUGGGAUAUGUUCUGCCAUCAGCUACCUUGACAACCAUUGAGAGCCUUUCCUGCAUCGCAGUUUAUGAACCUAAUUAUGUCAUAGCUGCUGAAUUGAGUGGGACAUUGCGUGUCUGGUUGAUGAAUUGUAAUUGGAGUAAAUCUUUGGAGGAGUUUGUGCUACCAAGUUUUGAUUAUUUAAGACCUGCAGUAGAGUUGAAAACAGUACCGAAGAGCGACUGUCUCCUUGUAGGUCAUAAUGGCAUUGGCAGCUUUGGUUUAUGGAACAUAUCGAAGAGGGUACUCCUUUCCAGAUUUUUGAAUCCGGGCAAUUUGAUCUUUCAGAUUCUUCCAAUUGGUAUGUUCAAUUUUCAAGAUGAGAUCAACACUUCAUCUUGUCAGAAUAUGAAGCUCAUGCAAGAAAUUUCACAUCAUCGUGUUGCUGAAGCUGUUGCGACUCCAUUGCAAGAUGAUAAUGCCGUGUGGAUACUAGUUUCUGCUGAUACAGAUUCAGAUCCUCAAGUGGUUAAUCACCCCAAAGAACGACAACCGACUUCAAAUGCAUCUUGGAGGCCAGCUCUUUUAGUGAGAAAUAUAGUAGUCAUGGGGCACAUGGUGGAUUUUAGGGCUUCUUCUGUAGAUGUAUCUGAUGGUUAUGGAUUUAUUGGCACACAUGAUGGUGUCUUGUACAAGUGGGAAUUAUCAACCGGAAAGAAAUUGUCAAAUUUGCUCCGAGUCCAGUCGGGGAGCAUUAUGUGCACUGCAGUGGACUCCAAAUCUGGUGUAGUGGCGGUUGCUGAUGAGAAAUGUCGGUUGCUGAUUUUAAGGCAGAAGAUAAUGUGAAACUGCUGAAAGUUCAAGAGAUUCAGUGAUCGUCAAUGCAGAAUGGUGCAGUUGAUGCACUUUUUCACUAACCUUUAUGGUUCAGCAAAAAUGCUUUAUAUCAACAGCAUCUGGGCUUUUGACAUUGCUCAUCAACAGCUCGGUUCCUUGUCCUCCUAUACACAUUCAUUCAACUGUUUUCUCCACCUGGAAGAUUGUGACCUACUUGAGAACCAAAUUCCUUGACAUCCCAACGUUCAAAGUUUUCACCACUAAUCUUGUGAAUUUUGAAUCCGCGAGCAUGAUGGGAAAGUGAGAGGAAAUGGAUUUUGCCGCCUAACCUGUGGAAGAUUUUAUUUUUCUCUUGUUUGUACUGGCUUAAUGCGCUUAGAGACCUUCAUGUUGGAUUUGUACAUAGUACCUUUUGCUUUCUUCCACGGGCAAAGUUGUAGUCAUGGCUACAGAGACAACGAUUACUGCAAUAUAGUCGUUUGCUCGGAGAUUAGUCACCCGAAGUCCGUGGGACAAGGUCCCUUUCUACAAAUGCCAAAUAAUUGAAAUGUACAAUUUAUUUGUUGUCAACUUCUUGUAACGAUAUUAGUGAUUUCUUGAUGAUGCUACUGAAAAAUAAGACAGGUUCUUGCUGCAGGCAAAUGAAAA